CCUCUCAAAUACCAAGGUCUCAAAGCGUGGGUUUUCCGUUUUCAAGCUUGUUUAGAGUUGAGAGAGAGAGGAUGGUGAUGGCGAUGCCUUGGGGACUGGCGGUGUACAUGAUGACCAUGGUCUGGGCUGUCUUGGAUGGCUGGAUCUCUUCCUGUUUGUUCGUCGCUGAUGAGAUCGCCACCGCUCUGCGGACCGGCGACAUUGGCCCCUUUCCCGUUGGAUGAGAUGCGCGAAAUCGGCUCCGAUAAACAUUCGGGAUCAGCUAAAUGAACAGAAAAAAAAAGUAAAAUUGCCGAACUAACAUGCUAAUUGUAUGUAAUUUGUGUGCUCUGUGUUGAAGUUUCUUGUGUUUGGGAUGAUGAAAAAUGCUUGACAGUUUGUUGAUCAUCUCUCUUGGAUAAUUCUAUCCUUCUUCCUUGUCUUCUCAAGUGAAGUGAUGAUGUUUAGAAUUAGGCUGCAAUGAGGAGUUGUUUUUCUUUUUUUCUUUUAGUUAAAUUUGUGUUUAUGUUUGUUGUGAAUGUAUAUGAAUGAAUGAACUGAAAAUGUUUAUAAACCUUGGGAAUUUGUGUUCCUUUCUGUUUGCA